AUGUACGUCCAUUGGAAACACGCAAUGUGCCGAAUGGAAGACAUUUUCGAAGCCGAACCUGGUGCCAAGCCCCACGACCACGACCGUCCAUAUGAUCGCCACGUCAUCGAGUCGUUUGACGUGGUCUUUCGCGUGCUUGGCCCACAACUGACCGGACGCAACAAGAAGCGCAAACGCGACGAGACCUACCUCAAAGUCGCGACGGUAUCGGGAAUUCUCCACAAAAUGAAGCGCUCCGCGUACUGGAUAGUGUAG